GAGGAGAAGGAGGAGGAAGCUGGUGGUAGAAAUUCCAAGAGAAAAAAGAGACGUGCAAGCGGCAAAGAAGAAGAGAAGGAAGAGGUUGAAAGUAAACAUAAAGUUAAGGAGCAGACACAAGAAGUAAAGGAGAAGAAGAAGAAGAAGAAGAAGAAGAAGAAGAAGAAGAAACACAAGAAAGUUGAAACAAGUUCAGAGCAGGACACAAGCGAGGAAGAAGACAAAGAUGAAGCGGACAACGAGGAGAUAGGGGUGAGGCCAGAGUCUCUGACAGCGGAGGAGCUGGAGAAACUGAAGGAGGCGGUGGACGAGAGGAAGAAACUGAUCCAGGGACUGAGGGGGAAACCGUGGCCCAUGAAGAAGAAACUUGUGACUUUACGGGAGUCUCAGGAGUUUGUGGAGAAAUAUGAAGGAGCUUUGGGAAAAGGAAAAGGAAGGAAACUCUAUGCUUACAAGGUCAUGAUGAACAAGAAAUGGAUGAAGUUCCAACGAGACUUUGAGAACUUCAAAACUGCCUGCAUACCGUGGGAGAUGAAAAUCAAGGAGAUUGAAAGUCACUUUGGCUCCUCGGUUGCGUCUUAUUUCCUCUUCCUGAGGUGGAUGUAUGGCAUCAACAUGAUCUUGUUUGGUCUGACCUUUGGCCUUGUUAUGGUGCCAGAGGCACUGAUGGGCCGGCCGUAUGGCAGCAUCCCAAGAAAGACUGUCCCCAGGGCAGAAGAGGCCAGUGCCAUGGACUUUGCUGUCUUAUGGGACUUUGGAGGUUAUGCUCAGUAUUCAGUCCUUUUCUAUGGUUACUAUAACAACCAGCGUGCCAUUGGCUGGCUCAAGUUCCGUAUGCCUCUAUCGUACUUCCUGGUUGGUGUGGGAACAGUGGCCUACAGCUACAUGGUGGUCAUAAGAACGAUGGCCCGUAAUGCUAACGACUCAGGGGUUGGUGACGAUAACAGCUUUAAUUUCAGCUGGAAAAUGUUCACAAGUUGGGACUACCUGAUUGGAAACCCUGAAACUGCAGAUAAUAAGUUUGCCUCCAUUACCACAAGUUUCAAGGAAGCAAUCUUAGAGGAGCAAGAGAGCAGAAAGGACGACAACAUCCACCUGACUCGUUUUCUUCGUGUACUGGCAAACUUCCUGGUCUUGUGCUGUUUAGCAGGAAGUGGAUACCUCAUCUACUUUGUUGUCCGGCGCUCCCAGAAGUUUGCCCUUGAUGGACUGGAUACUCACAGCUGGUGGGAGAGGAAUGAGGUUAACAUGGUGAUGUCAUUACUGGGGAUGUUCUGCCCCAUGUUGUUUGACGUCAUCAGCACCCUAGAAAACUACCACCCUCGGGUGGCCCUGCAGUGGCAGCUGGGUCGCAUCUUUGCUCUCUUCUUAGGGAAUCUUUACACCUUCAUCAUCGCACUCAUGGACGAGAUCAACCUCAAAAGGGAGGAGGAAAAGAUAGUGAAAUUUAAUAUAACCAUGUGGGAAGCCAGUCUUUACAAUGGUACAGUGUCAGAAAAUAGUACAGCGUUGCCCAUCACUAUCCAGCCUGCUGAUGUUCCCAGAGGGCCGUGCUGGGAGACCAUGGUGGGACAGGAGUUUGUCAGACUGAUCAUAUCUGAUACCAUGACAACCUACAUCACGCUGUUGAUUGGGGAUUUUCUGAGAGCCGUGCUUGUUCGUUUCCUAAACUACUGCUGGUGUUGGGACCUUGAGGCCGGAUUUCCAUCUUACUCUGAGUUUGAUGUCAGUGGUAAUGUUCUGGGCCUAAUCUUCAAUCAAGGAAUGAUAUGGAUGGGAGCUUUCUACGCCCCCUGCCUGCCUGCCCUGAACGUCCUUCGCCUCCACGUGUCCAUGUACCUACAGUGCUGGGCUGUCAUGUGCUGUAAUGUGCCGCAGGAAAGAGUCUUCAAGGCCUCUGGCUCCAACAACUUCUACAUGGCCAUGCUCCUGGUCAUCCUCUUCCUGUCCACACUGCCUGCCAUCUACACCAUCGUCACCAUCCCCCCAUCCUUUGAUUGUGGACCUUUCAGUGGGAAAAAGCGUAUGUUUGAUGUGAUCCAAGAGACCCUUGAGUCGGACUUCCCUGCGUGGUUUAGCAAAGUGUUCAGCUACGCCUCUAACCCUGGACUGGUGCUGCCCUUUAUGUUGCUGAUGGUAUUGGCCAUUUAUUACUUGCAAUCCACAUCCAAAAGCUACAAAGAAGCUAAUGUGGAACUGAAGAAAAAACUACAAACGCAAAAUGAGGAGAACAAGAAGAAGAACAAACGAGCAGCAUUGAAAGCACAGAUGGAUCUAGAGGAGGCCAAAAAAGCCACAUCACACGGUGAUGGUCCAGAGCAUCAAAAGAACAACAAUGCCUCACUAAAAGACCAGGAAGCAGACUGGGAAGACAACCAGGGAAAUGGUCCGAGACUGUAUCGUGGUAGGAAUGAACGCAACCCUUCUGCUCUCCGAAUUAAAGAAUGUCAUCUCCCAGCUACCAAUGCUCCUGUGCCCAGGUCACAUCACCAUGGCAGCCAUGGCGCUCCUGGGUACCUGCCCGGUCUGCCUCUGCAAAGUGAACCCAGGAUGUACCGGGUGCCGAGCAUGCAGAGACACUGAGGGAGUGAAAAACAGAAUAUGCAGACAUCACUUAAAAUCAAGCACUUUAUUGAGAAGUUCAUACUAGGAUGCUCACUGUGAACUCAGAGGAUUGACAAGGCUGAUUUGAUUGCAGUUAGUCCACAUUGUAUCCAAAAUCAAGUGUAAUUAUAAAAUUGUGUUUCCAUGUAAAAGAACUCUGAAUGUUUUCAAUGGUAGUUGUUAAAUCUGCUUAUUAAAUAAAGCUUAAACAAAAGCAAAAUAUUGCUGUCUUUAAAAGUGAACAUUUCAGUUCUUAUGCCUCAGUGUCUUU